AUGCAGAGCGAGUACGCAACAGUUUGUCUCUCCUCGCACAUUUUUCACAGGGGGGGUUACUUGAACAUCAUGGACACAGAUGAUAAACUUGUUGCUAAAGGUGUUCAAAGUCUUUCUUCCAGUGUUCAAAACACCCCAGAGAAAAACGGACACUCAGAUGAUGCUUCAAGAACUCCAAAGCCAAUUCAAGAGUUUGUGAAAUCCGGACCCCGGAAAGACCUAUUCCAUUCCUGUUCUGAAAAGGGAAAAAAGCAAUCAGCUUCAUCAAAACCUAAAAUGUCCGAACCAAAAUUAAGUAAAAAGAUAUUAAAGAAUCAAGAUCCCCAAAAGGAAUCCUCAAGUCCCAACAAACACCAGCAACCCCGGAAACAGAACAGGAAACGUGAAACCCCUAUUCGGAUUCCUCCGGAAUCACAUUCCGAUGCUAAGUUUUCCGAUACAUGGAUCUGCAAAAACUCUGCUUGUAGAGCUGUUUUAUCUGUAACUGAUACUUUCUGCAAGAGAUGUUCUUGCUGCAUUUGCCAUUUGUUUGAUGAUAACAAGGAUCCAAGUUUAUGGUUAGAAUGUUCUUCAGAUUCAUCAAAUGGAGAAUCUUGUGGUUUAUCUUGUCACAUUGAAUGUGCCCUUGAGCAGAAAAAAGUAGGCGUUAUGAAUCUUGGCCAAUUAAUGCAGCUUGAUGGGAGUUACUGUUGUGCUUCUUGUGGUAAAGUUUCAGGAAUACUUGGAUAUUGGAAGAAGCAGUUAACAAUCGCUAAAGAUGCACGACGUGUUGAUAGCCUCUGUUACAGAAUAUAUUUAAGUUACAGACUUUUAGAUGGAACAUCAAGGUUUCAAGAGCUUCACAAAUUUGUUAAAGAAGCCAAAUCCAUAUUAGAAACCGAAGUGGGCCCACUAAGUGGAGUCUCAGCCAAAAUGGCUAGAGGCAUUGUAAGCAGACUAACUGUCGCAAACGAAGUCCAAUCACUUUGUUCAACUGUAAUCCAAAAAGCUGAUCAACUCUCCAAAAUUUCCACCACAACCCAAAUUACCAAAGAAGGGUCACUAACACUUCCUGCAGCAUGCAAGUUCAUCUUUGAAGAAAUAACAUCCUCUUCUGUAGUCCUUGUUUUAAUUGAACUAUCAACCACAUUAUCAAACGAUAUAAUCGGAUUCAAACUAUGGUACUCAAAAACAACCGAAACAACACUAACAAAAGAUCCAAUCGCAACAUUUCCAAGAUCCCAAAGAAGAAUUCUAAUCUCAAAUAUGCAACCAUGCACCGAAUAUGUAUUUAGAGUCGUGUCCUACACUGAAUCCGGCGAUUUAGGACACUCAGAAGCCAAAUGCUUCACCGGAAGCAAAGAAAUAAUCCAUAAAAACCACCCGGUCAACCGUGAAGGAACACCGGGUCAAAAAGACGUGGAAUCGGAUUCCGGAUUCAAAAUCCGGGAACUCGGAAAGAUUCUCCGGUUAGCCUGGGCUCAAGAACACGGUUACUUAGACCGGAUAAUCAAACCGGAAACCCCUCCGGUGACAACAACCGGCACCGGUCUCGAUUUAAACAUUGCAACCGUACCGGAUUUGAAUGAAGCGGUUGAUUCCGGCGAACAUGAGUCGGAAAAUUGGGUGUCCCGAAAACGGGGGGCGAGUUUGAUUGAGACUGAGACCGAGACUGGAGCAGAGACUGGGACUGAGACUGAGACUGAGAUGCAUGAUUGUGAUAGUACGUUGAUAAAUGGGUCGCCGGUGAAAGGUGGGGGAGUGGGGGGUGGAUUGGAUGAGAAUUUUGAGUAUUGUGUGAAGAUUAUGAGGUGGUUAGAGUGUCAAGGGUAUAUAAAGCAAGAGUUUAGGUUGAAGUUGUUGACUUGGUUUGGUUUGAGCGGCCUAGAAAUGGGUUUUGUAGUAAGCUUUGGCAUUAAUUCAAAAAACCAGUAUUUUUUCUUCAUGGAUAGGAAAAGCGGAUACAGUUGCUGA